AUGAAUACAACUAACAAUAAAGAGAAUAUUACUUUGAUUUGGUUCGACUCAAAUAUCAAUUCCAAUACUCAUCUAGAACAAGCAAUUAAACAACUACGUCAAAUCAAUGAUUAUGUUGUUUUUCACACUCAACUCCAAUCUUGCAUUACUUUCAUUCAAUCAAUUCAUAAUGACAGAAUCAUCUUCAUCUCUUCAAUUGAUGAUACAUCACAAAUAUUAUCUCAUAUUGCAACGUUACCUCAAAUUGACAGCAUCUUUGUCUUCAAUUGGAAAAAAAUCGAUCACCAACAUUUAUUUCUUGAACAUACAAAACUUAUUGGUAUCUAUGAUGAAUUUGAUCUAUUGUAUUUAUCAGUUCAAGAACAAGUCGAUUUUCUCAAUCGACAUUUACAAAUAUUCAGUUUCUUUGAUCAAGAAGAAUAUUUGACAAGAGAUUUAUCGAAACAAACUGCUGAUCUUCUUUGGUUUCAACUAUAUCAUGAUGUUCUCUUUGAGUUAACAUACAAUAAAGAAGCUAAACAAGAAAUGAUCAAUGCAUCUCGUUCUUAUUAUCGAGAUAAUAUCAAAGAAUUGAAAGUGAUUGAGAAGUUUGAAAAUGAAUAUCAAUCAGAAGAAGCUCUUCAAUGGUAUUCGAAAAAAUCAUUUCUGUAUAAAAUCAUCAACAAAGCAUUAAGAACCAAAGAUUUCGAUCAACUCUACAUAUUUCGAUAUUUUAUGAGAGAUUUAACAGAAAAUCUUGUUCGAGAACAUCAAAAGAUGAUUCAAUCUGGUAAAGAAAUACUAUUCACAUAUCGAGGAAUGAAAUUGAAAAGUGAUCAAAUUCAGAAAUUCAAAGAGAACGAAGGUAAAUUGAUUUCAAUCAAUGGAUUUUUUACAACAAGUAUUCUUUGUUCGACUGCAUUGAAUCAAGCAAUGAAAUCUUCCAAACAAACUGAUCUCAGUUCGGUUCUAUUAGAAAUUCAAUGCGAUCUACAACAGUUAGGUAAUAGUGUUUAUUUCUGUGAAUUAACAUGUGAAGAACAACAAGAAAUUCUGUUCGAUUCAAAUGUCACUUUUCGAUUGGAGAGUGUGAAAAUGCAGGAAAAUAUGUGGUUGAUUAAAAUGAAUGUAUCGAAUCAAGGUCAAAUGAUCAAAGAAAAAUAUAUCAUAGAUUCAGAUCGUCAAAUGAAAGAUCUAAGCAUCAGAAUUCUCUUUGGCCGAUUGAUGUGUGAUAUGGGUCAAUGGAAUCAGGCACAACACUUUUUUCAAUACUUAUUGAACAACUCGAAUAUCUACAAUGAAGAUAUCGCAAAGAUUGAAUAUAAUCUUGGUGAAGUUCUUCAAUGGAAAGGAGAAUGGAGUGAAGCCCGAAAAUAUUAUGAUUGUGCUUAUGAACGAAUGAUGAAUGUGAAACCAAGACGGAUGAAGGAUUCAGCAGAUAUACUCUUCAAUAUUGGUGAAAUACUUUAUCAAGAAGGAAAAUACGAAGAAGCUCUUGAUUAUUAUGAACGAACAUUUGCGAUACGAAAGGAAAGUUAUUCCUCUAUCGAGACCGAUAAGUCUUGCCCACCAAAUUAUCAAUAUAGUCGUUUUCAAAGUUGGGUUCAUGGAUUAUUCUGGUCGAUUUUAUUGAAUUUAGGCAGUUUCUUUCAAUCGUAUUCGCAAUGGUGUUGGACUAGAAAAUUUCGAGAACUUUCUCGUUCGUUGCAUUCGAAAUAUGCGACAAAUAGAACGAAGCCUGUUGACGAACAUUCGAGCAAAACUCAGUUGCAAGAAAUGUGUCGAAACUUAGGGAAAACUGGUUCGCUACGUCUGAGUGAGAUUCGUUUGGAUGGUCAUGUGCCUAUUGCUACUAAUGUCCGUGGCUUCGGAAAAAUUCUUGUCCGACAAGCCAAGUAUGAUGAAGCACUUAUCUUUCAUCAACAAGCACUGACAAUGCUCGAAGAAUAUUAUCAAUUUCCUCAUAUCAAUAUCACUGUUAGUCUUGGCUACAUUGUCGAAAUUCUUACUGAGCAAAAAAACUACGACAAAGCCCUCGAUUUAUGUCAACGAGCGAUGUCAAUCUGUACAGAAUAUUAUCCAAAUGGUCAUUUAUACAACGCCUCCACUCUCAAUUACAUCGGUCACAUUUUGUAUCGUGAAGGGAAGUAUGACGAUGCUUUCAAGUUGUAUGAACAAGCAUUGAUAAUGCAACAAAAGUAUCGUCCGAAUGGCCAUGUCGAUAUUGCUUGUAGUCUGAAUGGAAUAGGACAUGUUUACGAUGGACAAGGAAAAUAUGAUGAGGCUCUAUCAUUUUAUCAACAAGUUCUGGAGAUUCUUCAGAAAUAUUAUGUUAACGGUCACGACAACCUUAUAUGUACUUUGAAUAACAUUGGCUAUAUGAACAAGGAACUACAAAAGUACAAUGAAGCUCUUGGUUUUCAUCGACAAGCAUUAGCAAUGCAAGAGAAAUAUUAUCCAUCAUAUUAUGCAGACAUUGCUCACACUCUCAACUACAUCUCUAAUGUACUAGUUUGUCAAUCAAAAUAUAAUGAAGCUCUAUGCUAUUGUCAACGAGCACUUACAAUGCAAGAGAACUAUUAUCCUUCGGGUAAUGCUUCAACAGCUUCAAGUCUUAACAACAUUGGCAACAUCCUAAGUGAACAAGGAAAGUACAAUGAAGCUAUUGAGUUUCUUCAACGAGCACUGUCAACUGUCGAAAAACACAGUCCAUUUGAUCGAUAUUCCAUUGCUUUUUAUAUGAACAACAUUGGAAUUACAUUGUACAAACAAGAAAAGUAUGAUGAAGCUCUUGAUUAUCAUCGACGAGCACUAGAAAUACAAGAAAAAUAUUGUCCAUCAUGUCAACGUGAAAUCGCCAACACUAUAAAUUAUAUCGGUAAUGUUCUCAUUAAACAAGACAAAUACGAUGAAGCAUUGAAGUCUUAUCAAUGUGCACUUGAAAUGCAAGAGAAGUAUUAUCCAAAUGGUCAUGUGAAUAUUGCGAUAACAUUCAUUAAUAUUGGCACAAUAUUUCGUAAACAACAGAAAUUCGACCAAGCGAUUGAAUAUCAUCAAAAAGCACUAGAAAUUCAAAAAAAAUAUUAUCCAUUAGACAGUGUUAUUAUAGCUGAUACCAUCAAUCGUAUCGGUCAUGUUUUGUACAAUGAAGAAAAGUAUAAUGCAGCAAAUGAUUAUUAUCGAAGGGCACUUGCCAUGCAAGAGAAUUUCUAUCCUGAUAAUCACAUCGAAAUUUCUCAUACUCUCAGCUCCAUUGGUAAUACUCUAUAUGAACAAAAGAAGUAUGAUGAAGCUCUUCAGUUUUAUCAAAAAGCGUUGACUAUUCAAGAAAAACAUCAUGAAUUAGCUCAUGUUUGUAUCGCAAAAAACCUGAAUUUAAUUGGUAAUAUUCUAUAUAGCCAAGAGAAAUAUGAUGAAGCUAUUGAAUUCUAUCAACGAUCAUUAGCUAUUCGAGAGAAAUUGCAUCCAUUAGAUUAUGCUGGAAUCGCCGCCGUUCUUAGCAAUAUUGGGAAAGCUCUGCGUUGGCAAAGAAGGUAUGAUGAAGCUCUUGACUUUCAUCAACGAGCACUAACAAUGCGAAAGAACUGUGAUGCAACUAAUUAUGCUGGCAUUGUUGAUAUGCUAAUUAACAUAGCCAAUGUUCUAAGAGAUCAAGAGAAGUACAAUGAAGCUAUCGAGUUCCAACAACAAGCAUUGAUGAUACGAGAACAACAUUAUCCUUCUGAUGACGUUAAUAUUGCUUAUAGUUUGAGCAGUAUCGCUACUAUUCUGAAUAAACAAAGACAACAUGAUGAAGCGCUUGAGUUCUAUCAACGAGCAUUAGAAAUCUAUGAAAAAAGUUGCCCAUCGAAUUCUGAUGCUAUUGCCAAUGGCCUCAUCGAUAUUGCUGAUAUCCUGAACCAACAAGGAAAAUACGAAGAAGCUAUUGAGUUUCAACAGCGAGCAUUAACAAUUCGAGAAGAUAAUUAUUCCUCGUGUCAUGAGAAAAUUGCGGACAGUCUGAAUCGCAUCGGCGAAAUUCGCUUUGGACAAAGAAAGUACGAUCUAGCUCUCGACUGUUAUCAACGUGCUCUAUCAGUGCUGGAGAGGUGUUUUCCAUGUGGUCAUGUUGAUAUUGCUCGGAGCCUUCAACAUAUAGGUAUUAUCUUGAAUGUACAAGGAAAGCAUGAUGAAGCUCUUGAUUUCCAUCAAAGAGCAAUGAUAAUUUAUCAACAAUAUUAUCCAUCCGAUCAUCCAACCAUAGCUAGUUGUCUUGCUAAUAUUGGUAAUACAUUGACUGAACAAGAAAAAUAUGAUGAAGCUCUCGAUUUCUGUCAACGAGCGGUGGCAAUCUAUGAGCAAUAUUAUCCAUCUGGUCAUGCAAAUCUGGCUACUUGUCUGGCUUAUAUUGGUAAUAUAUUGACGGAUCAAACAAAAUAUGAUGCAGCUCUCGAUGUUUAUUACCGAGCAGUGGCAUUUUACAAGAAAUAUGCACCCAAUCAUACGGAUAUGGUUACUUGCCUGGACAACAUAGCUGAAGUUUUAAGAGGACAAAGAAAAUAUGAUGAAGCUCUCGAAUUUCAACAACAAGCAUUGACAGUACUCAAAAGUAACUCGCCUAGUGAUCGAUUGAGAAUUGCAAGAGAUCUUAAGAACAUAGGUAAUAAUUUGUUUCAGCAAACAAAAUAUGAUGAAUCUGUCGAUUUUUAUCAACAAGCAUUGACCUUAUUCGAAGAAUAUUAUCCCGAUGAUCAUAUUGAAAUUACUGAUUGCUUAUACUGGAUCGCUGCUAACUUCAAUAGAAAUUUCCAUUUUGAUCUUGCUAUUGAAUACUUGGAAAGGUGUUUAUUAAUUAAUGAAGCUAGCUUAUCUCCAAAAGAUCUCGUCAUCACUAACCUGCUUAAUUGUUUGUCACAAGUACACACCACGAGAGACGAGCAUGAAGUGUCUGUUUUGUACGAACAGAAUUGUUUUUUAAUGCGUCUGAAGACUCUACCACCAGAUCAUGAAGACAUUGGCCAUAGCUUAUCGAAUAUAGGUGAAAUUUACGAAAAUCUUCAAAAUCCUACGUUGGCACUUGAUAACUAUCAACAAGCGUUAGCUAUCUACAGGAAAUGUCUGCAUCCAUGGCAUAAUGAGCUAUGGAAGAUGCAAUCGAAUAUUGAACGACUUUUGGAAGAACUUGAAGCACAAGCCGAUUAG